CGUGUUGUUUUGUUCCGGUAUUUCCGGCGGCGGUAGCCAUGGACGUGCUGAAGCAGGAGAUCAGCCGCAAGCGGCAGCAGCUGGAGGAGAAGGAGCUGCUGGGGGGACAAAAGAAAUACUUCAAACGCAGUGAGUUAGCUAAAAAGGAAGAGGAGGCCUACUUUCAGAGAUGUGGCUACAAGCCUGUAAAUGAGAAGCCACCUGGAGAGGUACAGCAGCAAGAGGAAGAGGAGAAACCACUGACUUCAUCAAAUCCAGUGCUGGAACUUGAAUUGGCAGAGGAAAAGUUACCAAUGACCCUUUCCAGACAGGAGGUCAUCAGGAGGUUACGAGAGAGAGGUGAGCCCAUCAGGCUCUUUGGAGAAACAGACUAUGAUGCCUUUCAGCGUCUGAGGAAGAUAGAAAUUCUUGCACCUGAAGUGAACAAGGGCCUGAGAAAUGAUCUAAAAGCUGCUUUAGAUAAGAUUGACCAGCAGUAUCUGAAUGAAAUCGUGGGCGGUCAGGAAGCAGGAGACGAUGACUCACAGAAUGACUUGAAGGUGCACGAGGAGAACACAACCAUUGAAGAACUAAAAGCUUUGGGAGAAUCCUUAGGACGAGGUGAUGAUCACUAUGAUAUGGACAUUAUAACAAAGUUCUUGAAGUUUCUUCUUGGAGUUUGGGCUAAGGAGCUGAAUGCCAGAGAGGACUAUGUGAAACGAGGGGUGCAGGGAAAGCUGAACAGUGCCACUCAGAAGCAGACAGAAUCCUACCUAAGGCCACUCUUCAGAAAACUUAGGAAAAGGACACUUCCUGCAGACAUCAAAGAGUCCAUCACAGAUAUCAUUAAGUUCAUGUUACAGAGGGAAUAUGUGAAGGCAAACGAUGCCUACCUUCAGAUGGCUAUUGGCAAUGCUCCCUGGCCCAUCGGUGUCACCAUGGUGGGCAUCCACGCGCGGACGGGCCGUGAGAAGAUCUUCUCCAAGCACGUAGCCCACGUGCUCAAUGAUGAAACACAGAGGAAGUACAUCCAGGGGCUGAAGAGGCUGAUGACCAUUUGCCAGAAGCACUUCCCAACAGACCCUUCCAAGUGUGUGGAGUACAACGCCUUGUGAGGCUCUGCGCUCUCCAACAUCUGACUCACCUUUUCGCCUCUUAGACCCAGAGAGGAUCAAAGAGACAGAAUCUGGGCUUCAACACCAACAGGAACUUAGGGUGGGCUUUGCACCAAAAAAAAAAGCAUAAAGCAACAGCUUUUCUCCAGCUUCCUUUUUACAAGCCUCAUUUAUUUAGAUUCCCUUUAAAUCUCUGCUCGGUGCUGAACACACCCACUCCCUGGCAGAGGGUUGGGGUUGUUUUAAGGGGUUGUGACCAGGUACCAAGGAACAUAACCCUUACUUUUAUUCAGGGAAUCCUACAGACUAAACUGUUUUCCCCUGGUGUGGAGCUUGAGGUGAGACUCAGCCCUGCACAAGAGCCCAUGUGGAGCUUUUUUGGCUGCUUUCCCGUUGGAGACUGAUGUGGGGAGAUGAUUAGAGGGAAGCAGUUGGGUCUCAGUCUUGGUUAUUUCUGUAAAUAUGAAGACUUUAUUGGCUAAUCUUUCAUGUGGUAUUUAUCAGGAGAAUAAAAACCCCAGAUAUAUUUCUCAGCUGAAAAAUACA